AUGGAACGUGUGGGAAAGAUCGUGUUUUAUGAAGACAAAAACUUCCAAGGGCGCUAUUAUGAGUGCACCAGUGACUGUCCCGAGCUCAACACCCACAUCAGCCACUGCAACUCUGUUCGUGUGGAGAGCGAGGCCUGGGUUCUGUACGAGAGGCCCAACUACCUGGGCUACCAGUACAUCCUGACCAGGGGGGAGUACCCAGACUACCAGCGCUGGAUGGGCUACAAUGACAGCAUCAGGUCCUGUCGGAUCGUACGAAACACCUCUGGUGUGUUCAGGAUUCGUGUCUAUGAGCGUCCUGACUUCAGUGGUCAGAUGUUGGAGUGCACUGAAGAUUUGAGCAACCUGCCUGACCACUGGCACCUCCGCGAGGUUCACUCUGCCCAUGUGCAGGACGGUGCCUGGGUCUUCUACGAGCUUCCCAACUACCGUGGACACCAGUACCUGCUGGAGAAAGGAGAAUACCGCCGCUUCACUGAGUGGGCAGCCAUGAACCCCAAUGUGGGGUCCUUCCGUCGCGUCCACAACUUUUGA